AUUGUUUCUUAACGGUACUGAUUAUCAAAGCGAUUCAUAUGAGUCUUUAUAAAAGCUAAGAAAUGAAUUAGCUAGGCCUCAUAGAAAAGGUGGAGCAUGUUAUUGAUUGAAAAUUAAUCAAGACUCAGUGGUGAAGAUCAGGCUCUGUUUCAACUGUUCAGCUUCAUCAUGGAUGACACACAAACAUCCAGAGAUGAGGAUUUUACGCCAGGAUGCAGUUCAAGUCAUCAGAAGAGAUCAGAAGCAGAGCCCAGCUGUGUGUCUAUGAAGAGUGACUGGUCUAUAGAUAAUGUAAUAGAUUUUAAGAGCGGAGAUACACAGACUGCUAGCAGUUCAUUAAACCAGAAGAGAUCAGAAGCAGAGCCCAGCUGUGUGUCUAUUAAGAGUGACUGGUCUAUAGAUAAUGUAAUAGAUUUUAAGAGUGAAAAUACACAGACUGAUCUCAGUUUAGUCCGUCUGAAAAGAUCAGAACCAGAUCCCAGCUGUGAGUCUAUGAGGAGUGAAUGGUCUAUUGACCCUCAAAUACAUUUUAAGUGUAGAGAUACACAAACUGUCCUCAGGUAUAACAUUUCUGUAAAAAUAUUAUUUGAUUGGUAUACAGAUUACAAAAAAGACUUUGUGCUUAGUAACUUGUGUAAUAUUGUGGUAUUUAAAUUUUGCAGUCAUGAAGUCCUCAACACGUUUAGAUUCAAUUUGAUGAAGACGUUUCAGUGUCUCUAUGAAGGAAAGCAGGGAAACCCAACACUCCUGAAUGAUAUCUACACAGAGCUCUACAUCACAGAGAGUGAGAGUGGAGAGAUCAGUAAUGAACAUGAGGUGAGACAGAUUGAGACACAAUCCAGGAGAGCAGCAACAGAGGACACACCGAUCAAAUGCAAUGACAUCUUUAGACCUUUACCUGGACAAGACAAACCCAUCAGAACUGUGCUGACAAAGGGAGUCGCUGGCAUUGGAAAAACAGUCUCUGUGCAGAAGUUCAUCCUGGACUGGGCUGAAGGGAAAGAGAAUCAGGACGUCCAGCUCAUAUUUCCACUUCCUUUCAGAGAACUCAAUCUGAUGAAGGACAAAACACUCAGUCUUUCAGAUCUUCUUCAUGUCUUUUUCCCUGAAACCAAAGAAAUGGAAAUAUCCCGUGACAGACAUAAAGUGUUGUUCAUCUUUGAUGGUCUGGAUGAGUGUCGUCUGUCUCUGGAUUUUCAGAGCGAUGUUAGGUUGUAUGAUGUAAGUCAAUCAGCGUCAGUGGACGUGCUGCUGAUGAACCUCAUUGCGGGGAAUCUGCUUCCCUCUGCUCUCAUCUGGAUCACCUCCAGACCAGCAGCAGCUGAUCUCGUCCCCUCUGAGUGUGUCCAUCGAGUGACAGAGGUACGAGGCUUCAAUGAUCCACAGAAGGAGGAAUACUUCAGGAAGAGAAUCAGUGAUCAGAGUCUGGCCGAUAGGAUCAUCUCACACCUGAAGUCAUCAAGGAGCCUCUUCAUCAUGUGCCACAUCCCAGUGUUCUGCUGGAUCUCAGCCGCUGUUCUGGAGAAGAUGUUGAGUCGAGCAGAGAGUGGAGAGAUUCCCAAGACUCUCACUCAAAUGUACACACACUUCCUGAUCCUUCAGACCAACAUCAAACAUGAGAAGGACUAUGAGAAAAAUGUGACUGAUGAAGACAUGAUCCUCAGACUGGGGAAACUGGCUUUUCAGCAGCUUGUGAAAGGCAACCUGAUCUUCUAUGAGGAAGACCUGAGAGAGUGUGGCAUUGAUGUGACAGAAGCAUCAGUGUACUCAGGAUUGUGCACUCAGAUCUUCAGAGAGGAGCUUGGCUUGUAUCAGGGGAAAGUCUUCUGCUUUGUUCAUCUGAGCGUUCAGGAACAUCUAGCAGCUCUAUAUGUGCACCUCUCCUGUACAAACAACAGGAGAAAUGUGUUUGAACAAAUCACCAAACUGAGUUUGUGGGCCAGAGUUAGGGACAGUUUUCAACUCAAUUCAUCAAGACACGUUUUAUUAUCUGAUGUACAUCAUAGAGCUUUGAAUGAAGCUCUACAGAGUAAAAAUGGACAUCUGGACCUUUUCUUGCGGUUCCUUUUGGGUCUGUCAGUGAAAUCUCAUCAGAUUCUUCUACAAGGACUAAUAAAAGAAUCAAGAAUCAGAUCUGACAGUAAUAAUGAAACAAUUGAAUAUAUCAAGAAGAAGAUCAGGAUCAUUGACUGUCCAGAGAAAUCAAUCAAUCUGUUCCACUGUCUGAAUGAACUGGGUGACCAUUCACUAGUGGAGGAAAUACAACAGUAUCUGAAAUCUGGAACAAUAAAGGGUGCCAAACUCUCUUCAUCUCAGUGUUCAGCUAUAGUUUUUGCGUUGUUGACAUCAGAGAAGAAACUGGAUGAGUUUGAUAUUAAUAAAAUUGGUAGUGGAAACAAUAAACUGCAAGUUUUUCAGAAGCUGCUGCCUGUGAUUAAAGAAUCCAGAUCAGUUCAGCUGAGUAAGUGUGGUGUCACAGAUGAAGGUUGUGCUGCUCUGGCUUCAGCUCUGAGAUCAAACCCCUCAAACCUGAGAGAACUGGAUCUGUCUGGGAAUAAACUAGGAGUUUCAGGAGUCAUGCUGCUGUCUGGUGUAAUACAGAAUCUUCUCUGUAAACUGGAGAUACUUCGGUUUAGGGACUGUGGUGUCACAGAUGAAGGUUGUGCUGCUCUGGCUUCAGCUCUGAGAUCAAACCCCUCACACCUGAGAGAACUGGAUCUGUCUGGAAGUAAACUAGGAGAUUCAAGCAUGAAGCUUUUUUCUGCUGUACUUGCGAAUCCUCACUGUAAACUGGAGAAGCUGUGGUUGAGUGACUGUUGUAUCACAGAUGAAGGUUGUGUUGCUCUGGAUUCAGCUCUGAGAUCAAACCCCUCACACCUGAGAGAACUGGAUCUGACUGGGAAUAAACUAGGAGAUUCGGGAGUCAUGCUGCUGUCUGGUGUAAUACAGAAUCUUCUCUGUAAACUGGAGAUACUUCGGUUGAGUAAUUGUGGUCUCAAAGUUGAAGGUUGUGCUGCUCUGGGUUCAGCUCUGAGAUCAAACCCCUCACACCUGAGAGAACUGGAUCUGUCUGGAAGUAAACUAAGAGAUUCAAGCAUGAAGCUUUUCUCUGCUGUACUUGCGAAUCCUCACUGUAAACUGGAGAAGCUGUGGUUGAGUAAUUGUGCUGUUACAGUUGAAGGUUGUGCUGCUCUGGCUUCAGCUCUGAGAUCAAAUCCCUCACACCUGAGAGAACUGGAUCUAUCUGGAAGUAAACUAGGAAAUUCAGGCAUGAAGUUUCUCUCUGCUGUACUGGAGAAUCCUCACUGUAAACUGGAGAUCCUGUGGUUGAAUAAUUGUGGUGUUACAGGUGAAGGUUGUGCUGCUCUGGCUUCAGCUCUGAGAUCAAACCCCUCACACCUGAGAGAACUGGAUCUGACUGAGAAUAAACUAGGAAAUUCUGAUAUGAAGCUUCUUUUUGCUGUACUGGCAAAUCCUCACUGUAAACUGGAGAUACUGGGGUUGAGGAGUUGUGGUGUCACAGAUGAAGGUUGUGCUGCUCUGGUUUCAGCUCUGAGAUCAAACCCCUCACACCUGAGAUAUCUGAAUCUGUCUGGGAAUAAACUAUCAGAAUCUGGUGAGAAGUGUCUCUCUGGUCUGAAGGAUAAUCCACAUUAUAAACUGGAGAGACUAAAGUACUGACUCUCAGUAUUUAGACGUCAGUCCAGUUUCCUCAGGAUCAGCUGACGGUGAAUAAGGAGCCACUACAGAGACUCAAGACACAGAGAUCACACAGACUUCACAUCACUUUGUUUUUAUAUUUUGUGGGUCUGUUCUUUUGAAGUACUGUUGUCAUUAGAUUUCCACAAUUAUCUCUUUAAAGGACCUGAAAUUGCUGUAUAAUUUAAGACUCAAUUUUUUACAUGAUUGCCCAUGAAUGAGUGUUUAAAACCACCGUGUACAGUUUGGGAUUGUUUUGAAUUUGCUAGAUGUUGAUUACAAUACAGAUGCUGUAUACUCAAUACACACUACAAGCAUGUAACAUUUAAAGGAAUAGUUUAUCAAAAAAAUGAAAAUUCUAUCAUAAUUUACUCUUUUUUUUCAUGAUUUACUCAUCCUCCACUUGUUCCAAACUUUCAUUCUCAUUUUCUUUCAGAAUUUCAUUUUGUGUGAACUAUCCCUUUAAGUGAAAAAAGUAAAACACAUUUUAAUCAGCAAGCCAUUGUAUAUGAGAGAUGUAUUGUGCACUAUAUACAACUUUGUUUUUGGAACAAUGAGAUAAACAAUAACACUUUAGUUUAAAUUUAGUGUAAGGUGACAUGUUUUAUAUUAGAUAGCAUCAACUAAAGAUAAAUAUAUUUUUUUUACUUAUAAUAUUAUAUUAUUUACCUAUUUUACACAUGACAAUCUAAAUGAUCUAUUAAACUGUGCAGAUGGUUGAAAUAAAUAUUUAAUGUGGGUGAAAAUAAAUGUAUUUUCUGUUUUUUUUUUUUUUUUUUACAAAAAUAUCCACUUGAAAGAUUUGAUUUUCAAGUUACUUUAUGGACAGCCUAUUAGGAAUAACUGCACUAUUUUAUUU